AUGCCUGCCACCACGGCGGACACAUUAUCCCUCGUCAACCGCAGCGUCACGGUCGCUCCGUUAGUCCUGCUCUCCGUCGCCGAUCACUAUGGGCGGACAGCCAAGGGGACCCGGAAGCGUGUUGUGGGUGUGUUACUGGGCGAGAACUCAGGGAACAAUGUGCGCGUGUCCAACAGCUUUGAGGCAGUGCCCUUUGAGGAGGAUGAGAAGGACCCAUCCGUGUGGUUCCUAGAUCACAAUUUUGUUGAGUCGAUGAGAGACAUGUUCAAGAAGAUCAAUGCACGAGAGAAGUUGGUCGGCUGGUACCACUCGGGCCCGAAGCUUCGUGCCUCAGACUUGGAGAUCAACGAGCUCUUCAAAAAAUAUACUCCGAAUCCUUUGCUGGUCAUUGUCGACGUGCAGCCCAAGGAGGUUGGAGUGCCGACAGACGCCUACUUUGCUGUGGAUGAGAUCAAGGAUGACGGAACAACAACUUCCAAGACCUUUGUACACACGCCUUCCAUAAUCGAGGCCGAAGAAGCCGAAGAGAUCGGCGUUGAACACCUUCUCCGGGAUAUCAGAGACGUUGCUGUGGGCACCCUCUCUACACGCAUCACCUCACAGCUCCAAUCGCUGCAAGGGUUACACCUUCGACUACGUGACAUUGGCCAGUACCUUCAGAAGGUGCUUGACCAUGAGCUCCCCAUCAACCACGCUAUCCUGGGCAACCUGCAAGAUGUGUUCAACCUCCUGCCCAACCUGACGACUCCCACUCAAGCACCGGGAAUCAGUGGCCAGGAGGCACCAAUCGAGAAUAGCGAGCUUGCACGCGCCAUGAGUGUCAAGACGAACGAUCAGCUGAUGGCUAUCUACAUCAGCAGCUUGAUCCGGGCGAUCACGGCGUUCCACGAUUUGAUUGAGAACAAGAUCCAGAACCGGCAGCAACAGGAGGAGAGCGACUCAAAGCGGGAACAGGAAUUGAAUGCCGGUAAGGGCGAUAAGGAUGCCAAGAAGGCCACUGGGGCCGCUAAUGGCGAACAGAAGGAGGAGCCAGAUAGCUCUGAUAAGAACAAGAAGAAGAGCUAA